AUGUUUAGAGAUCGUACAAAUUUAUAUAUUUCUUAUCGUCAGUCUUAUGCCCAUCAUCCUAGGUUUUCUACGGGAGUUUCAGGAUCUGCUUUUGAUGUUCCUGAGGAACAACAGUUUUUGAUGACACAUAAUAAUGAUAGCGAAGUUGAUGGACCAACAGAAGCAAUUGCAAUCGAAAUGGACACACUUCCACCUGCAUGGCUUGAUGUUUCAGAAGAAGUCGAUGAAUUCUUAUCUAAGAUAAAAACUAAAAUGGCAAAACUUCAGGUUUUAUAUAAAAAAAACUCGCUUCCUGGCUUUGAUGAUAGAGCAGCAGAAGAGAAGGAAAUUGAGCAACUUACUUACGAAGUGACUUCAGAAUUGCAUCAGUGUCAAUCAUUAAUAAAAAAGUUUGAUCAAAUGUCAAAUGCAUCAGCCAAUACUUCUUCAGAAAUAAGUAUGGCUAAGAAUAUGAAAAUUAGCAUGGCGUCUAAGGUUCAAGCCUCAUCUACUGAGUUUCGAAAAAUGCAAUCCAACUAUUUAAAAAGUCUCCGAACAGAAGCAGCAACAGAAAACACAAAUAGUAAUACAACCAAUUCCCAGUAUCUCCCCGAAGAAGAAGAUGAAUUUGAUAAUUCCCUUGCCCAAAGUCAAUUAACACAAACUCAACAAUUUUCGCAGGAACAUGAUACUCAACAAAGAGAACGUGAAAUUAUGAAAAUUGCUCAAGGAAUUCUUGAGCUUUCAGCUAUUUUUAAAGAUUUACAGACAAUGGUUAUUGACCAAGGUACAAUAUUAGACCGUAUCGAUUAUAAUAUUGAAACUAUGCAUACAAACGUUAAAGCAGCCGAUAAAGAACUAGUUACUGCAACUCAUUAUCAAAAAAGAACGCAAAAGUGUAAGAUUAUAUUACUUCUUUUGUUAAUAGUAUUGGGUCUUUUUAUCCUUUUGCUGGCAAAGCCGAAACAUCAUUAUUCUACAUCACCACCUAAAGAAGAAAGGCCCCCAUCUCCCAGUACAGGUGCAUAA